AUGGGCCUCAAAUCCCACCGCUGGGACCCAACAACAUGGCGUCUCAAAGACUUUGUCAACCUCGACGAGAUCGGCCCUCGGAUGUGGACUUCUUUCAAGGAGAACUGGUACAUGGGGUUCACCUCUUUUGGUGGCCCGCCGGUGCAUUUCAAGAUUUUCCAUGAUAAAUACGUCUCCAAACUCUCCUGGAUCGACGAGACAGUCUACCAAGAACUCUUCUCCAUCUGCCAAGCCUUCUCCGGCCCCGGCUCGACAAAAAUGCACUACUGCAUCAACCUCCUCCGCCUCGGCUUCCCCCCCGCCGUCCUCUCCUUCUUCCUCUGGUCGCUCCCCGGUGCGUUGGGGAUGUUUGGUCUCGCGAUUGGUAUCUCCAACGUUGGAGAAACACUUCCCCGUGCGGUUUAUGCGUUGCUUUCUGGCCUCAACGCGGCUACUGUUGGGAUUAUUGCUCUGGCAGCUGUGCAAUUGGCGCAAAAGGCUAUUACGGACAAGCUGACGAGGUUGUUGGUUUAUUUGGGCGCGGCGGCCGGGUUGUUGUACAAUGCGCUAUGGUACUUUCCCGUUUUGAUGCUGGCGGCGGGGGUGGUGGCUGUGGUGUGGGAUUUUAGGUGGUUGCAUGGGCCGGUUUUGUGGGUUGUGAGCAAGGUGAAGAAGGGGAAGGUCAGGGAUGAGGAGAGGGAGGUGGAAUUGAGGGAGCAACGAGUGCCGGGGGGUUCGGGGGCGGAGAGGGAGGUUGUGAGGGAGGAGGAUGGGAAGGGGACCAGGGAGAGGGUUUCAACUGGGGGUGAUAAUGCGGACGGGCAGUCGCAACAGCAGCUCAGACGGGAGGAGGAAGAGGCAGAGGAGAGGGUUGUGCCGAGGAGCCACCAGAUCAGCGUCAUGUCCUGGAAGUCAGGGCUGGCGCUGAUUGUGGCUUUUCUGGCGUCGUUUAUCGCGGUUAUGCUCACUCGUGGCCUCAUCCCGGCGAACCCGUUGCUGUAUAGGCUGUUUAGCAACCUCUACCUGGCGGGUACGAUUAUUUUUGGGGGCGGGCCGGUGGUUAUCCCGCUGUUGAGGGAGUAUAUCGUUGCGGAGAAUUGGGUUUCCCCUAGAGACUUCUUGAUUGGGCUGGCGCUUAUCCAGGGGUUUCCGGGGCCGAAUUUCAACUUUGCUGUUUACUUGGGUACCCUCACGGCGAUUAAUGGGGGGUAUUCUGGGGUGCUGGGAGGGUUUUUGGGUUUCUUGGCGAUCUUCUUGCCUGGGUUGUGGACUGUUCAUGGGACCAUGGGUCUUUGGAGUGCGAUUAGGGGGUGGAGGUGGGUGAAGAGCUCGUUGAGGGGUGUGAAUGCUGCUGCUGUUGGGCUGAUUUACACGGCCGUGUAUAGACUGUGGCAGAUUGGGUGGAUUGAUCAGGGGUUCAGUCAGGGGAAGAGUUUGGCGGAUGAUCCUUGGUGGGUGGUUGUUACGGCGGGAAGCUACGUGGGUGGUGCUUGGUUUGGGGUUGAGCCGCCGGUAGCGUGUAUCUUUGGGGCUGUGUUGGGGUUGGUGAGGUAUGGGGUUGUUGAGGCUCAGGGGUAUUGA